CUCACCUAUCACUCUCACUCUUUUCACUGGAGGCGGGCCUCCAUAGCACACAAUGCGGAUGUGAUCAUACCCACAAGACCUCUUGAUUGAUGGUGUUACAAUCUAUAGACUUUUGCGGUACCUGCAAUUGAAACUCAUCAAUUCACACAACCGCUACUCUCACACACACACCCCCUUCGACCCAUCCUGCCAUCAUCCGUCUUUAGCGUCCACGUACAGAACCUUGGCAACCCUCUGGUGAUCUCUAUCGGCAUCACACUUUGGGGUCCUGUACUCCACCCCAUCGGUGGUUAGCCUCCGCGCAAUUUUUCCGCAUCUGUCUGUCCUGUUCCAGACCUCGGCAUCAUGGCAGCUGUCACCAUGGCCAGUGUCAUCUCUGUGUCGCUUCUCUCCGAGUCGGAGUUUGGCUGCGAGCAUCUUGCCACUCAGCUGGGGCAGGAUCCCGGCGUGGCCGAGCAGUUCAGGGCCUCUUUUAUGAAAGCGCAUAAUGCGCUGGCUCCCCAUCCUAAGUCGCUCGAGACCGCGCUCAAGCAGAACCCCGCUGUUCGAGCUUCGACACUGUUAAAACCCAAGUACAUGUGCUUGACAUGUGCCGAUACGUGUCUGAGUAACGAGCGAAAAGCCCACGCGGACAAGACGGGGCACUCUUUCUAUAUGGAGUCCAGAGGCCGUUUGCUCUACUGUCAAGGCUGCGGGGAUUUUGUUUACGACUACGGCCUGGAACGGCUGCGGUCGUCCCCGCCCGAGAGCGCAUUAGAAGUCGCCAAAAAACGGCGAUUUAGCGACAGCUCCAGCGACGAGUUGUACAUUAGGAGCAACGCGACGAAGCGCCCUUGCGCCAAGACAGGUGUGAGGGGACUCUUCAACCUCGGGCAGACUUGCUACCUAAACGUCAUCCUGCAGUCAUUGCUGCAUGAUCCCAUCCUCACGACGUAUUUCUUGGGCAAUGGGCACCAGAUCCACGACUGCAAUACCAAUGAUUGCAUCGGGUGUGCCGUUGCGGAGGCAUUCGCUGAUUUCAACAGCAGUGAAAAGCCCGAAGGCUUCGCGGCGCUGAAUCUCCUUUUGGCUUCGUGGCGCGCCAGCCCUACGCUAGCGGGAUACCAACAACAAGACGCACACGAGUACUACCAGUUUCUUGUCGACAAGCUCCACGCCAGCACCGAGGGACACAACGACAGUCACAAAGGUGGCUGUUCGUGCUUUUUCCACAAGACCUUCUACGGCAAGCUCCGCAGCAGUGUGACCUGCGACAAAUGCGGCAACGUCACCCGCACGGAAGACCCGAUGGUAGAUCUCAGUCUCGACGUCCAGGUCCAGGCAAAGAAACGCGCCAUGGGUGGCAAUGGAACGUCCCCGCCCACUCUAAGCGGCUGUCUGGAGAGCUUCACUUCGCCGGAGAAGCUAAUGGCAGACGUGUACAACUGCAGCGGCUGUGGGAACACCCCCCAGAAAGCGACCAAGCAGUUACGCAUCAAGAAAUUACCAGCCAUCCUAUGCAUGCAAUUAAAGCGCUUCGAACACACCUUCUCCGUCUCCGAAAAGCUCGAAGGCCGCAUCGACUUCCCCAUGUCAAUCAACAUGCUCCCCUACACGACACAUCCCAACUCCAAAGUCGACAAAUCCCGCUUCAUCUACGACCUCUCCUCCGCCGUCGUCCACAAGGGCAAGCUCGACGCAGGCCACUACUACGUUUACUGCCGCCAAGGCGACCAGUGGGCGCUGUUCAACGAUGACCAGGUCACGGCUGUGACUGAGGCUGAUGUGUUGAAUGCGGACGCUUAUCUUCUCUUUUAUAAUCUUCGGUCGUUGGCGUCUCCGCGGUCAUAGUUUACUUUUUCUUUCGAUGAAGAUUGAGGUUGAGAGUGAGUCGUGUGGUUUGAUGUCUUGCAUAUAAUUGAUUGAUUGAUUUGGAUUCGGCUGUGGAGUUUCGGUAGGUGUUGGUUGGUUAGUUAAAUACUUGGUUAAAAUUCAUUGCUGGAUGCCUAGUCGUUGCUCGAUUGUUCGCCUGCAUCUGGCCGGUGGUUGUUUGGGUAGUACCUAUGUACCACCAACAUGGCGUCGAUAUAGAUGCGAGGUUCUUGCUUUCGUUUGAAUAUUCUUUAUUGCAG